AUGAAUGAGGAUGUCGGUGGUGCAGACAGUUCCGACCAUCCGGUGAAUGAACACUCAAUCCAAGUUGAAAUCUCGCCGAGGAACAAACCUGCAUCGAUUUUCCACAGGUUCGGCGCUGUGUCGGACGCGUAUGAAAACACCAUGUUCGAGAACGACUUGGUCGUCAUUUUCCCGCUACGUGGAGGCGGCGAGGUCAAGAGACCCGAGGCGUUUUCCAUGCAAGCGUUUGUCACUUUGCUGCUGGGAAGCGACUCACAGCACAGCCAUCACCCUUUCCAGCGUGUGCUCCGAACCCCACGAUGUUUCCUGGAUGAGCACGGAAAUGACCUGGUGGAAGCCAACAAAAGUGACGCCGCAGAGUUCAACAGGUUCGAGGUUGAGCAACAAACACUUGAAGCUGAGUACGAACAGUUUGUAGGCUCCACCGAGGCUACAACCGAACGUCGUUUCUGUGAACUGGUGGCCACGGCCAUCUCACGCCGCGUGCAGCUCGCUUGUGGUCUCACGACGCGGAUGUUCCUCAGUUGUGACGGAGACGAAAUCAUCAUGUCGGUGAAGUCGGAGAAUGACGAUCUGCGUGUAGAGGCUGAUCGCACCAACUACCGACUGCAACUAAGCAACAAGCCGUUCGACGCGAUGCUCCACCGAGACAAAAUCUCGGAUUUGAAGCGAGAGAUUGACGCUGAUGCUUGGCAAAAAUCCCUGGAUCUACUUCGAAUCAAACGCGGUAUUUCCAAUGACACGUCCGACGUGCCAGAGCUGGAUCCGCUUCUUAUCUCGCGCGGCGAUGAGUUCCAUCCGUUAACCCGUAAAGCUCUUCGUCGUUGGGGCCACAGAGAAGAAGCUGACGGUAUGUUCUCGGACGAAGACAACCACAGUCAGCCGGCGUGGAAUCGCUUCUGGACGUCGCUCUUCUCGAUACACCACGACCCCACGACGUACUUUGCUCCAUUCGCCGAUUAUCGUCACGAGCCCGAGUUUCAGCCGUAUUUCCGUCGCUAUCCGAUAAAUUGGGGCGGCAAGAAAGAGCAAACGCUGUUUACUCAGAAAGAUCGCAUUCGUCUCGCGUCGGGUAUCGUGGAUCGACAUCUUAACUUGGAUGCGCUUCAGGAUGCCGGGUAUCUGAAGAACCAAAUGUUUGCACUCCACGACGAAGCUGCGCUGGAUGAGUUACGAGCGACGUGGGCUCUGAACGUCAAGAUGCUGUACCAACCUCUUCAUAAAAUCCGCUUUUACUUCGGAGAGAAGAUCGCGCUCUACUUCGCGUGGCUCGAGUUUUACACAAAGAUGCUGCUCUUUCCAUCCAUCGCGGGCAUCGUCACGAUCAUCUACGAAGAAGAGCGAGACGAAGAGGGGAACGACAAUAACCGAGGCUACUUCUUGGUCGCCUUCGCUAUCUUCGUGGUCAUUUGGUCGUCAAUGUUCUCCGAGUUCUGGAAGCGAAAGAAUGGUCUCCUUGGGUCACUAUGGGGCUGUCGAGGGUACAACGAAGCCUUUCACUACCGCCCUCAAUUCCAGGGAAUCAAGAGCCACAACCCAGUCACCGACACGGAGGAACUGACGUACGAGAGCCGAGCAAGGCGACACCGUUGGUUCGUUGUGUCCAUCACUGUCGUAGCGUUCAUGGUCGGGAUUGUCAUCGUGGCGCUGGUGGGGCUGUUCGUGUUGAAACACUUCAUCAACGACGGCGACAACCUCCGGAACAUCGACGUCAAGUUCCGAACUCCACUCACACUGGCUGUGACUAUCGGGAACGCUGUCCAGAUCUUGAUUCUCAACAUGGUCUACAGACUCGUCGCUCGGAAGCUCAACGAUCUGGAGAACCACCGCACGGAUGCAGAGUACGAAAACUACCUGGCGAUCAAGGUGUUCCUCUUCCAGUUUUGCAACUCGUUCGCUUCGUUCUUCUACAUCGCGUUCAUCAAGCGAGAGGUGGAAGCUUCCUGUCUGUACGGCGAUGACUGCAUGAAAGAGCUGCGUGAUCAGCUGUUGGUUCUGUUCCUGGUUCGCAUCGUGGUGGGCAAUACAACAGAAGUAGCGAUCCCGUACCUCAAGUAUCGCUACCAGCUCUAUGCUGAAGCCAGGGAGCAAGAAGACGACAAGAAGAAAGCUGGACACAACUUGAUCGAAGCUCAAGCGAAGCUCGCGCCGUAUGAAAGCAACGAAGCGUUUGAAGACUACAACGAACUGGCCAUCCAGUUCGGCUUCCACAACUUGUUCGUCGUGGCCUUCCCACUGACGCCUCUGCUAGCGCUGGUGAAUAACAUUGUGGAAGUGCAUGUGGACGCAUCCAAGCUCUGCUUCGGCUGUCGUCGACCGUUUCCGGAGCCUGCCAAGAGCAUCGGCGUCUGGUUUUACAUCUUCCGGUCCAUGACGUACAUCACCGUAGGAACGAACGCGGCGCUUAUCUUGUGGACGUCAGACUUGUUCGAGAACUACAGCGGAACUGUGAAAGCUUUCAGCUUCGUCGUCGUCUGUCAGGUCGGUUUGGCGAUCUCGCUAUUCAUCGAGCGCACGGUGCCAGAUAUGCCAAACCACCUCGGUCUGCUGCUGGAACGGUAUGAUCACAUUGUAAACGUCGUGUUCAAGAAUCUCUCCGAGGGUGAUGUUUCGCACCUCAACGAGGUGUCGGAGAAGUUGGAUUUGAUGAUCUACCCCAAUGAUCAGUGGGAAGACAAGACUGGAGACGUCAAAGCCACAGUGCUUGACAUGCGCGAGCAGGAGGACGAAGUGCGCGCGGCUGGAUUCCCUCAUCAUGAACUCGAGACAGUGAAUGAAUCCACGCGAAACAUCGACGACAACGAAUCCGCCGUGUAG